CCCACACUGUGUCAACAUUUUCUCUGAAGAAAACACCCCACAGUACUAUGAACAGAAUUCAUCUGGUUAAAAAAAUUAAUAUGCUAAAACAUGAGAAGAGAUCAAUUCAAGCAGAACUUGACCGACUUAAAAGACGGGUGCUUGAUGUCAUCAAAACAAAAGGACAUGUGUUGAGCUACAGUGAAAACGAAGAACUCUUACAACUUGUGGAACAAUACACAAGUGAUGUCUUGAGAAGUUAUCCAGACGAAACUUCCACUCAAAGGCUCUUCUGGGACCAGCAGCUAAAGUAUGCAAAACUCAAAAACAAAUCCGCAAUGAGGUGGCACCCUAUGAUGGUAAAGUGGUGUUUGUAUUUACGUAGCAAAAGUCAGAAAGCUUACAAUGUGGCCAGAGAUUCUGGAUUUAUUGCUCUUCCAAGUACCCGUACCUUAUUUGACUAUUCACAUGUCUUGCCGAGUACAUGUGGCUUUCAUGAAAGAUUUACUGAACAUCUGAUUGAACAGGCUGAAAAAUGUGGAAUGUACAAGGAAGAAUGGAAAUCCUAUGUUGGGAUCCUCCAAGAUGAAAUUAAAGUAUCAGAAGGACUGGUUUAUGACAAGAAAAGCGGCGAGUUAGUCGGAUAUGUAGAGCUGGACAAAACCGGGAAUGACAUCAGUAAUAUGGAAAAUCUGCUUAUUGACAGUGAUCCCAAACUUGCAAAAUCCAUUCUGGUUGUUAUGGUGAGAGGCAUCACUACAUCUUUGAAGUAUCCAUUUUUCUGUCUGGCUACUGAUGGAAUAACUUCAGCGACUUUAUACCCUCCAAUAUGGGAAACUGUGAGAAUACUAACGAUUGAAUGCGGGUUGAAGCCAUUGUUUAUUACAUGUGAUGGGGCAACACCUAACAGGAAAUUCUUCAAACUACAUCGUGAUGAAAAUUUGCAGAAUACUUUUUGGACUUUAAACCCAUAUUCGUUUCCCACCAGGAAACUGUAUUUCAUAUCUGAUGUCCCACACUUAUUGAAAACAACAAGAAACUGUUUCUCAAAUUCUGGAGCACAUAAUUUGGCACGAAAUCUUUGGAAAAGUGGGAAAUGCAUUUCAUGGACUCAUAUUAUUCGUUUGUAUGAAGAUCAUGUUGAAACACCAUUAUUUACCCUAUGUCCCAAAUUAACCAGACAUCAUGUACAUUUAUCAUCAUUUGCAAAGAUGAAAGUAAACCUAGCUGCACAAGUACUCAGCAAAACAGUUGCAGAUGCUUUGGAAGAACUUUAUGGGGACCAUGUGACAGAAACUGUGAAAUUUAUUCGCCAUAUGAAUCGUUUCUUCGACUGUCUUAACACUAGACAUUUAGAGGAGGCAAAACGCAAGAGGAACCCAGACCUAGAACCAUAUAGGACACAAGAUGACUCGAGAUUUCACUAUCUGACUGAUGAGUUUCUACAAUAUUUCAAUGACUGGGAAGUGGCAGUAAUGAACAGGGCAGGACAAUAUACUCUACGUCAGCGAACAAAUAUGAAGCUGAGUCAACAGACAUUGAAUGGUCUCCAUAUCAGUGUGAACUCCAUUGUAGAAUGCACUAAGUUUCUUUUGCAUGAAGGAGCAAGUUUUGUUUUGACCCACAGAUUUAAUCAAGAUCCCCUUGAAGAACAUUUCGCUCAUUAUAGACAUAAAGGUGGAUCGAACGACAAUCCAACAGUUUUUGAUGUCCGGAACACUCUUUCUGAACUCAGAGUAAUUGGAUCUCAAGCACUUGCUCCUAUUCGGGGAAACGUUUCCAAGAAAAGACAACAGGGAUCACUUGCUGUGGACAAUACGCCACUAGCAAAGAGGAUGAGAUAAUCAAGUGACAUCCUAUUUCAUGAUCAUGAAUGAAAACUUUGAAAGGCUCAGCUUCAAGGCGAGACAGUAUGUUUUAAGUGUGACAGAUACAUAAUUCUACUAUUCCCCUACAUAUCUCCAGAGAAUUCACCAAUCUGUGAAGGCUGUGACAAUGAUGGUAUCUCAACACUGGACUAUUACAGUAACAGAGUGAAAUCAGACUAUCCAGAGGAACAUGUCUUCCUACGUGGUGAUCUGAAUGCCAGUAUGAAGGACUUUCUAAAGUACAUUUCUGAUGACAUUGUUGAAUAUGUGUAGUGUGCAGAGUACUACCCCACUGUGUUUGACAGUCCUAGGAACAUGAACGGCAUAAUAACUAUGGCAAUGAAUUUGCUGAACUGUGGCGUACAUUCAGAGUACAUAGGGUAUGGCAGAGUACUUAAUGACCAGUGAAUUCACUUUACAUGUGUCACACAUAAUGGUGCAACAUGUUGGCAUCCUCAUCAAUUUCCAUGUAUUAGGAUACUUUGGUAUUUGUACAUUUGAUUUUUCAUGUAACUUUCCAUAAACAUGAUUAUAUUUUCACUAGAGAUUUCUUGUAAACAAUGUAGAUAGCCAUAUGCCAGGUAACCAUGGUAACAGCUGUAAUGACCAUAAGGAUAUGAAAUGAAAUAUUUUGUAAAUUUGUGUGGUUAAAUGAUUAUGGAAAUACCUUGUACAGGCAGAUGUAUUGCAGGUAUUCUAGCAUUGAUGAGUCUGUAUCUUUAUUUGUAAAGUUGCUACAUGAUGCGGCAACUCAUACUGUGGGUGUACAUCCACCAUGGUUUACAGAUAAUUGCAGCCAAAAUUAUAGGUCUUGCAGCUCACAGAGAUCAUUAUCAAUGUCUGUAUAUAUAGAGAGAGUUUUGAGGAAUAUUUAAUAAUAAUAAUAAUAA